AUGAUGAAUUUAACCUUGGAUACUUGUAUUAAUACAAAUACUUUACUUGAAAUAGAUCAAGCAUGUUUCAGUAUUAUGAAUUUGUAUUAUACUCCUGUGAUCUUUUAUGCAAUAGCAUGGGAUGCUUAUUCGGGUACUGGUAUUCCAGUAUCUACUUUAUUGCCAAAUAGUAAUACAAGUUUAAUAAUAAGCACAAAAUACCCAUUACACAUAUUUUAUGAAGUUAUGGAGAAUGGUAAAUUUUUUGAGUAUUGUCACACAACUUAUACCUUCAAAGAACAUGGUAGUUAUGGGUGGAAUAUAUCAGCAAAGUCUAUAUGUUCUGAUAUUUAUCUAUUACGUGAACCAACAGAGAGUAAUCUUCCAAUCUUUGCAGCAUUUAUGAUACUUUUGUUGCUAGCAAUUUUAUGGACAACAUCUAAGGUUAUUGUACGAGUGGUAAAAGUAAAAUUGUCAUCUAAUAUUGUACAUGAUGAUUUGGAGAGACUUCAAGAUACGGAAACUGUGACACAUCCAAUAAUCCAAACUACAGAAUUUAGCACUAGAAUACAUUCAGUGGACACAUUCAGAGGAAUUGCUAUAUUAUUGAUGAUAUUUGUCAACAAUGGGGGUGGAGAUUAUGUUUUCUUCAAACAUAGUGCAUGGUUUGGACUUACUGUAGCAGAUUUAGUACUUCCAUGGUUCGCGUGGAUUAUGGGUAUGACAAUAACAAUAUCAAAACGUACAGAACUUCGUGUAACAAUUUCGCGUAUGAAGCUAAUUUUACAUUGCCUACGGCGAUCCGCGAUAUUAAUACUUCUUGGAUUAAUGAUAAAUUCCAUGGACAGUAAAUCUUUGAACAAUCUUCGUUUCCCCGGUGUUCUUCAAUUACUAGCUGUGUCAUAUUUUGUAUGUGCCACAUUGGAAACAAUCUUCAUGAAACUUUAUUCUGAGAAUACCUUACUCUAGUUCGGUCGUUUUGCCAUGUUCCGAGACAUCUUACAUAGUUGGCCUCAAUGGUUGAUCAUGGUAGGCAUCGUACUUACGCACACUUUAAUUACUUUUCUUAUGCCGGUACCUAAUUGUCCGAGAGGUUAUCUUGGACCCGGUGGACGAUACGAAUAUCGUGGAAAAUAUAUCAAUUGCACUGCUGGCGCAGCUGGUUAUAUAGACAGAUCGAUUUUUGGAGAUCACAUAUACUCUAAGGCAGAACCUACUAUUUAUGGUUCUAUCUUACACUAUGACCCUGAAGGACUAAUGAACACUAUAUCUGCUAUAUUUAUUGUCUACUUGGGUGUUCAUGCUGGAAAAAUUCUAUUGCUAUAUUACCAGUGUAAUUCUAAAGUGGUCAGAUGGCUGUUAUGGGCAGUAUUUACAGGUCUUGUUGCUGGAAUUUUAUGCAACUUCGAAAUGAUAGGAGGAGUGAUUCCAGUUAGUAAGAGAAUGAUGACAUUAUCGUAUGUUUUGACUUGUUGUAGCUUUGCUUUCUUGCUUCAUACUAUUUUGUACGUCCUCAUUGAUUUUAAGCAAGUUUGGAGCGGAGCUCCGUUUAUUUAUGCUGGAACAAAUCCUAUUUUACUCUAUGUGGGUCAUGUACUGACAAAAAAAUUGUUCCCAUGGUCAUGGCAUAUCGCUCAUCCUACGCACGCGUCCCUUCUUGCUAUGAAUUUGUGGACAACAAGUCUGUGGGCAAUAAUUGGAUACCUUCUUUAUCGGAAAAACAUUAUUAUAACUAUUUAAAAAUAUAUGCAUCAGUAUAUUAUUACGCAUUCAUGGUUGCCUCGACAUGAACUAAAUAUUUCUUUUUCCCAUAUUAUUUUAAUUCACGUGAAAAGGACCGUAUUACAAACGUAGA